AUGGCCAGAGUUGAAACAAUUGUUUUUCUUUCGUUGGUUCUUGACCUCUUCGCAUUCACCAUCCCGUUACCUUUGUUUCCUCGGUUAAUAGAAUGGUAUACUUUGCGAGAGAUCUCUGACACCAAUGGCUUUCUUUCGCGAACGCUGCGUUUCGUUUCGUACAUCCGGAGUUUUUUGUAUAACCCAGCUGUCACCGAGCAUUCUGGGAGAUGGGACUGUCGUAUUGCUUGCUCAGGUGGUCUCAUGGGCUCAGUGUUCUCAACGCUUCAGUUUAUUGUAUCACCAAGGAUUGGGUCACUAUCAGACAAGUAUGGCAGAAAGCGUAUUUUGUUGUUCACUAUGAUUGGAAACGUUCUGUCGGCCCUUGUAUGGAUCAAAUCGACUACCUUUGCAUGGUACAUGCUCUCCAGAGUUAUAGGCGGUCUAAGUGAGGGGAAUGUUCAAUUAGCCAUUGCAAUUCUCUCUGACAUAACCACCCCGGCCAAUCGUUCAAAGGCGCUUGCUCACGUCGGCAUAGCAUUUGCCAUUUGCUUCAUUAUCGGUCCUCCUAUAGGAGCCUACUUUGCAUCCAAGCCACUACCACCGUCUCUCGCCGCCAACACACUUAUUGGCGAUCUGAAUGUCUUUGCAGUUCCCGCGAUUCUCACCUUGAUACUUCUGACGAUCGAGACCGCUUUCUUGGCCAUUGCCUUACCAGAGACUCGUGGAAAAGGCCUUCGGCUGAGUACAGAAGAGAAAGCCGCCUCGUCUAACGGCAAAGCACCUGACGGAAAGCCCGCUGUGUCAAAGAAAGCCAGUAUUGAAAAACGUUUGGCCACGCUAAAGUCUCUCCGCCACUUCCAUCUUUUGUUCUUAGGACUCUUUUCGGGGGUCGAGUUCACCCUUACCUUCUUGACGUUCGACCUGUUUGAUUGGAAUAACAAACAAAACGGCAUGCUCAUUGGCUCCAUUGGGAUUAUCAGUGCAUUACUUCAGGGUGGAUACGUCCGACGGGCUACUUCAAAAAUAGGCGAAGGAGUGAUGGCCCGACGGGGAGUUUCAAGCUGUGCUGUGGGGCUUGUCCUCCUGGCCCUGCUUCCGCAGUUCGUUACAUCAAAACCUGUGCUGGCACACAGGUUGCUGCAGGGUGCCGCGGUUUGCAUGGCGUUUACGUCGGCGACUGUGGUGAAUUCUUUGACUGCAUUUGCUUCGUUGCAAUGCGACGAAGGAGGAUUUGAUCCUGUCACUGGCAAAAACGUUAAAGAGCAUCCUCAGCUUGCAAAAGGCAAGGCUUUGGGAAACUUCAGAUCAGCCGGACAGCUUGGUCGUGCAGUUGGUCCUCUUCUUGCAUGCGCUUCCUACUGGACCGUUGGUCCAUCAUACACGUACGCCGGUGCUGCUAUCGCAAUGUUCGUCCUUAGUUCUGGCAUGAAACGCAUCGCAAAGCCGGCAUAG